CAGUGCCAGGCGCUGCGCACAGAGACCACCACCACCAGCAGCAGCAGCAACAACAGGGAGAGCCAGCCUGAGCCCAGAGCAAGGGGGGGUGGUGGGGGAGACAGCCCUGGAGCAUUGCAACUAUUGUGUGUGCAAAAAAAAAAAAAAAAAAAAUUAAUAAAAGAGGCUGGCUAUCGCGAGAGUGUCCUCUUACCAACCUGCUCCAACAACACAGCAACGCUGCUAGGCUGCCACUAACACAGCACAGCAGCAGCAGCCAGAGAGAGGGGAGGUGACACCAGCGUGAACAUCUGGGGGCAGCAGCUCCUCCAUGAAGCCGCAGGAUCCCCACAAACUCUGGGCUUUAAACCACGCACCAGCCCCUGGGACCCCCAAACCCUCCUGUUAUGAAGGAAGAAUGGAGUUUCCAGACCAUAGCCGCCAGUUGCUGCAAUGUCUGAGUCAGCAGCGUCACCAGGGUUUCCUGUGUGACUGUACUGUUUUAGUUGGAGAAGCUCAGUUUCAGGCUCACAGAGCUGUAUUGGCGUCUUGCAGCAUGUACUUCCAUCUUUUCUACAGGGACCAGCUAGACAAAAGGGACAUUGUGCAUCUGAACAGUGACAUCGUCACGGCCCCAGCGUUCAGCCUGCUGCUUCAAUUCAUGUACGAGGGGAAGCUGGAAUUCAACAACCUCCCAGUAGAAGAUGUGCUGGCUGCUGCAAGCUAUCUCCACAUGUAUGACAUUGUAAAAGUCUGCAAGGGCAAGCUUAAAGAUAAAGAACUGAAUUCUGGGGGAAAAAACGGCGAUGACGAGUCGGACCUGGAAAAAGAGGACGGGUUCUUGCCUACCGAUGGUCAUCAAGGGCAUGUCUUCAGCGCAGAACUGAAAGACAAGAUCUCCGCUCCAGAAUGUGAGAAGCUUAUUUGGAGAGAGAAGGUCUGCGGGCUUGCUGGCUGGACCCCUGAGCUGAAAGGUGUCAAUUCGGUGUCUACUGAGGCUGUAUCAUGUAAGACAGCAGCUGGAAAAACAAAGGCCAGUGUCAAUAGUUCUUCAUGCCCUUUGUCCCAGCGAUCUGCUAACCAUGCACAGCCUCUAAGUGAUGGCGAUUGUGCUCUGGAUUUGUCUUUCAAGCCAAUGUCUGGGAGAGAUUCCUUACACCCCUCCUACAUCUUUGGACAGCUGGCUUCCGACAGCCAGCAGCAGGGCACUCUGCCACUUGUUAAGGAUGAACAAGAGUUGCUGUCAGAAAAGGAGGACAGUGUAGCAAAGAGUCCAAAGAGUCAACAUGUUGGGAAUUCAGCCAAAAGCCUAAUGACAGGGUUAGGACACAUGUUUGCAGGAAAUGGAAAUUCUCACGUUAGGGAAGAUGACUUGUAUCACGAUAGAGACGAGAGUGAAGAUGACAUGGAUUCGUCAGAUAUUUCCACAUCAAGUGUCCUUGUUUCCCCAGGACAAAUUUGCAUAUGUCCUCUAUGUAGUAAAGUUUUCCCAAGUCCGCAUGUCCUGCAGCUUCAUCUCAGCUCUCAUUUCCGGGACAGAGACGGUUCCCGGAUCAAGAUGUCCCCGGACGGCUCUGUUCCAACUUGUACGAUAUGCGGGAAAACCUUCUCGUGUAUGUACACGUUAAAAAGACACGAACGCACGCAUUCUGGCGAAAAACCGUACACCUGUGGCCAGUGCGGAAAAAGUUUCCAAUAUUCCCACAAUCUCAGCCGCCACGCAGUGGUUCACACCAGGGAAAAGCCACAUGCGUGCAAAUGGUGUGAGAGACGUUUCACCCAGUCGGGAGACUUGUACAGACACAUUCGAAAGUUUCAUUGUGGUUUAGUAAAGUCACUGGUUGUUUAGUAACAAAUGGUGAUCAUUUUGAUAGUUGGACGCAGUGGAGCUCUGUACAAAACUCAAUGAUGGCACUUUUCCCACACAUCAUGUUGCAGGAGUGUAUCUACCCCUUGUUUCUCCCUUCUCUACAGUUAAAUCAGAUAUUCUUUUCAAAUAUAUAUUUGUAGCAUAGCUUGUUGUGGCAGUGUACUGCACAUGGAAAGAGGGAGGGGAUCAGAGUACGUUAAAUGUGAAAAAACAUGAUCUCCUUAAUUGGUCUACUGACUAGCUUCUCUACAACCUCCCUGCAACUUUCCUGUUUAUCCUUUUUUUUUUUUUUUUUAUCCUCCAAGUAUUAAAUAUUCUAAAUAUUUAAUAUACAGUAUAUGCAAAUCAGAACGGAAAAUGUGUAGCCUGCUACCGAAUGCUGGUUAGGUUAGACUUAAUAGCCUAUAAGAUGCAAAUAAUUAAACAAACCCUUAUGCACUCGUUCCUAAAGCUACCUAUUUAAUGUCUAAAUCUGUGAGAGUUAUUUAUGAAUGGGUGCAAUAUUGCCAUACCCACUGGCUCAUUGCAAAUAUAAGAAGUAACUCCUUGCACCCUUUUCAUCAUCAAUAUAGAGUUUUACUGCGCUAAUGUAUUCGUCCUUGCAUGAUUUCCAAAGUUGUAUAUCAACAUUUCAUCCAACAGUAUUCAGAGCGCGGUAGGAAAUUUCCUGUGCUGAUGACCUAGGAAGGGAAAGUGUAGAAUCCACUAAAUUAAGGUAUUGAACAUUUAACUAAAUGUUCUCUUGCCACAAGUAUUGACUAUUGUUCUGUUAAUGAAAGUUUUGGUGUUACAAUCGUAGUUCCUACCAAAAAAAGUGCUGCUCAUUUGGCAAGGCAUAAGUGUUUUUUAUUUUUUAAGGUGGAGCAAUUUAGUUUGGCUCAAUUUAAUUACUUAAUACCCAGAGUACCUAUUUUUUUCCACCUCGUCAAUUCAAAUAAAUGAAGUGUUUAGUAUUAUUUUGAUACUAAGUUAUGAAAUCAAAUAUAAAAUCCCCUUGAUGCCAAGACAGAACUUUUCACACUGUGCACAUCAAGUCCCAUUAUUGCAAGAUAACUGUUAUAUUUUGCAAUCCGCUGUCAAUGUUUAACUGAUCUGUUAUGACAAACGUCUUAAAUAUUCCUGGACUGAGUCGAGCUAUUGUAUUCUAAGAGCUCCACAUCCGGUCUCUGUUCUACUCCCAAGAAACCUCAGAAAAGUCUUAAAAUAUGCAAUUAAAAUGACCUUAAUGUAAUUAUAGCACAGUGUAGCAACCUAUAGCAACCAAUAAUUUAUCACGUUUCAUCUGUUUAUCCAACAUAGAAUAAAAAGAGCAUAUUUGGCUGGUGGCUUUCAGUCACAGCACAUCUGUGGCAAUAGCACUGUUUUUAAAUAGGUCUUUAAUAAGAUGGUUUCCAAUUUACAAUUCUACAGGAAGUGGAGAAGGAACAGAAGUCGGAAAAGCUACACUACUUGUUUUUAUACACUAAAUGUCAAAGGUGCUUUUAAUGUGAAGUGCCAAAAGUUUGCAUGUAGUCCAGUUAGUAAGCCCUCUUUUGGCAUUUAAAAGAUUAAGGCAUUUAUAUGACGCAGUACACAUAAUUCUACAAGCAGACACAAACGACCUUCACUGCAAAUCUUGACUCUUGAACCUUCGUGUAAAGUGAAAAAUAUAUAUAUUGGCACAGUCUAAUCUCUUUACCACUUUGAACUUUUUAUUUUAUUUUAUUUUUUUAAUUCUCCUUCUACUGCUGUUACACUCUCAUUGAAGGAAUGAUAAACAUUUGUUUUUUUCUGUCUGUUAAUUUGUAAUAUGUGUGAACAUCAUUGUUUGGUAGUACGCACCAAGGUACAAUAGUUUUGUUUACUGUUUAGUUAUAUUAUUUUUGCUGUGAUUGGAAAUAGCACUGACAAAACUACUAAAAUUAAGUUAUUUUUUUCCUGAUGGUACUUGAUAUAGUAUUUAUUAGUUUUUAUUUGAAGUGAAAUGAUUUAUAAUUAGAGAAUUUUAUUUUAGCAUUGUGUUUUUUUCAACUCCUUUAAGUGAUCAUCCCCUAAAAAGGGAGAAAUUGCUGUAUGUUUUUGUUUUGUUUGUUUUUGUUUUUUUUCAUUUUUUUUCCUUCUUGUCAUUUUGAUUUUGUCUCUAAAAUAUUUAAUUUAUGUAAACUUUAAUAAAACAUGGUGAAGUAAUGUUAGACAACACUGUUAAACAACAGGGAGAGUUUACAUCCACUCAGCCUUAUGAUCAUGGACUGAACUACAAUAAUUUGAGUAUGGUAGAAAUAUCAUUGUUCGUGCAAUGUCCAGAUACCUUGUUGUGUGUUUUUUUUUUCUGUUUGUUUGAAAGCAAUGACAUUUGCACUUAUUUUUGUUCAAGUCAAUAACACUGCUAUCGUGGUCUAAACACACACACACAAAAAAAAUAAUUUGCAUAUUUUAUAAAGUGUUUUUUUUUUAUUUUUUUUUAUUUGUACACAUUGCACAUUUGCAGUUUUGGGUAUAAAAAUCUGUAAUUAUUUUUUUUUUAUCUGUACCUGUAGAGCUGCUGUUGGGUUUUAACACUGGAUGUGAAAUGUAUUCACACCAAUGCUGUGAAAUCACUGAAAAUUAUUAGUUCCUAGUUCUUGAGGUGGCAAAACUAUAUGUAAGGAAGAAAACAAACAAAAAAAUUCAGUAAUUAUUUCUGUAUAAAGUUUUAUACUAUAUAAUAUCUAGACAGACCUGUUGGCUUGGAAUAUAUUUUAUAAGAAAAGUAUUUUGCUGUUCUACAGAAAAAAAAUGUUUUUUGUUUUUUUUUUCUUUGUUUUCUUUUGUAAUUCUUUAUUUUUUUUUAUUUUUAGUUUGUGUGGUGUUUUAAUUUUGUACAACUUUCAGUGUGUGUAAAACUGACAAUCGUGGAUAGGAUUGAUGUCUUUUAUAAAUUUAUUUUAUUUUAUGUCAAAAAUAAAGACUAAAUCUGUUAGAAA